UUAUUUUCGCCGGGUAGUCUGAAAUGGAACACCUUGUCUCUUUUUGCUCUAGUCCAAUAUUUACGUCGUCAUGUCUAAAGGAUUGGGAAAAGUUUGGCAGAAAGAAUUUUUUAACAAAGUGCAAAGAAGGUGGGAUGGCUGCAUCUGUCAAACUGUUCACGGAUUUGGUAUUGAAAUUGAUAAGUGGAGAAGGGAAAAUUGAUAUACUUGUUAAAUUAAUUCCUGAAUUAUUCAAACUGUUUGGCAGUAAUGUAUCCUUUGAAUCCGAUCUGUUAGAUUCACUAUGGUUAAUUGACUCAUCCAUUGCUGAUAUUAAUUCCGAAUCUGUUCGAGAUCGUUUCUAUCGGUUAAUGGAAAUUCUCAAGAAUCAUGUGAAUCCUGCAUUGAUUAUGGAAAGAUUUUGUGAAGAUACUUUGGAGAAUUUAUCAUUUAUUCAAUCAAAACAACAAUUUCAAACACGUUAUGUUCGUACUAAGACGCGUUUAUUUUUUAAACAACAAAAAUUCAAUUUAUUACGUGAAGAAAAUGAAGGUUACGCUAAGUUGAUUACAGAAUUAUGUCAAAUCACAUCAACUAGUUCAAUGGAAUCAGUGAUGAUCCAGAUCCGAUCUCUCAUUGGUUACUUUGAUUUGGAUCCAAAUCGUGUACUGGAUUUAAUAUUGGAUGUUUGUGAGUUUCGUGGUGAUAUGUACGAGGAAUUUGUCCAAUUGAUACGACUGUACAAUCCGGAUAGAAUUGAUAUGACUAAUAUACUGGGACAUAAAUAUCAUUUCACACAAGAACCCGGUGUUAGUACACCAGAAUCAUUGUAUAAAGUUUCAGCAUUUUUGAUUUGGAAAAAACUCAUUGAUUUGGAUGUAUUAUAUGGACAUUUAACUCCAUCUGAUGCAGAUAUUCAACAAUCAUACAAUCGUCAAAUUAGUUUGGCUAAAUCUUAUCGACCACAACCUCCGGCAAGUUUGUCUUAUUCAACCACAUCGGCAAUUAAUACUUCAUUAAAUACUGCAAUCAAUAAUGACUUAAUACGUGUUGAUGGUCUAUUAAAUCAGGAUUCUCAACUUGGUGGCGGUGGCGGUGUCGGCGGCGGCGGUUCUGGGACAUUAAUGUCAAACGAUUGGACUGGUGGUCCUAGACAAUCAGCAGCAAUGCUUAGUUCUCGUUCUGGCGAUGAACUCAUGCAAUUGGAUGAGAAUUCCGAUGUGAAUUUGCCUAAAAUCAAUUCCAGUGAUGGUGAAGUUGGUGGCAUGAUCGAUAUCAAUUUUGAUCAAGAUGGAUUAUAUGAAAAUAAUCAAAAAUUAGAAUUAUGCGCUGCUAUGGUACGUUUAGGUGAUUGGACCAAUGCUCAACGUCUAUUAGAACGAUUACCGGGUUAUUGGGCAACUACAUAUAGACCUUUAACACAAGAUAUAUGCAAUUUAUUGCAUUGUCUUAUUGAACCUUUAUAUAAUAAAGUUAAUCCUUUACCUGCUUGUCUACAACGUAAUCGUACUCGACCAAAAGUGGAAUUAUUCAAAGCCUUAAAUACUACAUCAUUAAUUCAUUUCAAUUCAAUGGAUACAACAAAAUUCCCUAUUGAUUGUGAAAUGAAUGAUGUCAAUCGAAGCAUUACAACGAAUCAUGAUCAAGAUCAUGAUACUACUAAUACUACUGCCACUACUACUACUACUACUAAUCAUAAUGAUAAUAUCCCAUUAUCACCUGUACAUGAUUUUAUUGAUCUUGCGAAAUCAGUUAUACCGAUUGCAAUUUAUUUAGGUCCACAUAUGUCGUAUGAUUUAGUAUUGAUGGUGAAAUUUUGUCGUCUUGGUCAAAUCUAUCUAUCGGAACAACAGCAACAACAACAACAAAAUUUUCAACCUGACAAAAUUGGCAUUGUAUAUCAGGGAUUUUUUAAUUUAUUAGAUGAAGUACUACUACCAUCAUUAAGUUUAAUCGAUGCCAAUUGUUGUUUAGCUGAAGAGAUUUGGCAAAUGUUACGAUUUAUGCCAUAUGAACAUCGUUAUCGACUUUAUGGCCAAUGGAAACAUUUUAGUAUUCAAACAGAACCUAGUCUAAUACGUCGACGUGCUCAAGUAAUGUGUUAUGCUAAAGCAAUUAUGAAACGAUUAAGCAAAGAAAAUGUCAAACCAAUGGGUAGACAUCUAGGCAAAUUAUCACAUAGUAAUCCAGGCUUAUUAUUUGAUCAUGUAUUGCAUACAAUUCAAUUAUUUACCAAUCUUAUCAAUCCAGUUGUAGAAGCAUUGAAAUAUGUUAGUAGUUUAGGCUAUGAUAUGUUAACAUUUUGUAUUAUUGAAGAACUUGCCUCAGAUCAAUCAAAGUUGGAAGAUUUACAAUUAAGUCAAGGAUUACAAGCAUUGUCAUCAUUUACGGGAUUAUUAUGCCGUAAAUAUCAAUUCGAUUUAGCUGGUCUAUUACAAUAUGUAUUAAAUCAAUUGAAAGUUGGUAAAAGUUAUGAUUUAGCAAUAUUACGUGAAAUUCUUCAUCGUAUGUCCGGUAUUGAUAUCUCAGAAGAAAUGACUGAAGAACAAUUGGAAUCAAUGUCUGGUGGUGAAUUACUCUUACAAGAAGGUGGUUAUUACGCACAAAUACGUAAUACACGUCGUAAUGCUGGACGUUUAAAAGAUGCAUUGAUUGAGCAUAAUUUAAUUAUGCCAUUUAUAUUUUUGAUGGCACAACAACGUGAUGCAAUUAUAUUUCUUGAUGAUCCAGAACGUCAUUGUAAAUUAGCUGGACGUUUAUAUGAUCAAUGUCAAGGUACACUUGUUCAAUUUAUCACAUUUCUCAGUUUACAAUUAACACGUGAUGAAAUGCAAACUCAAUGUUUAACUAUUGAUAGAAUGAUGGGUGAAUUUCAUGUACCAGCUGAUACGGCAUUUUGUUUUCAUCGUAAUUUGUUUGAACAAAAAGUUGCUCGUUUAUUUGAAAGUAAAGAACAAGCAGAAAUUAUGAAAUCUGGUGAAAAGUCAAAAUCAUUUAGUAAGACAAUAUUCUCCGCUGCCUGUUUACAUGUUUGCAAUGAAAUCGCCACAGCGAUACGUCCAUUAUAUCCAGCACGUGUAUGGGAUGAAUUAGGCAUUGUAUUUUUUAUUACAUUUUGGAGUUUACAAUCAAGUGAUUUAGUUGUGCCAGAAUCAGCUUAUCAACGACAAAUACAACAAUUGAAAGAUCAAAUUCAACAAAUCGAUUCAUCGGCUAGUAGUGGAUGGAAUUCAACGAAAAAAAAACGUGAAAUUGAACGUUUAGAAAAUUUAAUUGAACGUUUAACUAAUGAACAAACAGAACGUGAAGAACAUGUUACACGUAUACGUGCAUGGUUAAUGACUGAACGUGAUAAUUGGUUUCAAACUCGUUUAGCUACAAAAACUGAUACAAUUACACAAUUUUUACAAUUAUGUAUUUAUCCUAGAGUAUGUUUCACUGCUACAGAUGCUAUUUAUUCAGCACAAUUUAUGCAUGUUUUGCAUCAAUUAAAAACUGCCCGUUUCUCUACAUUAAUUUGUUUAGAUCGAAUUUUCAAUGACAUAACACUCCCGACCAGUAUGUGUACUGAAGAUGAAGCUCAUCGUUAUGGUCGGUUUUUAUGUGCAGUCUUAGAACUUGUGAUGCGUUGGCAUGCCAGUGAAGAAGUAUUCAAUCAAGAAUGUGGUCAAUAUCCUGGUUUUGUUACGGUUUUCAGAAAGACAUAUCAAGGUUUGGAUGCAAACACUAAACCGGAUCAAUUACAAUAUGAAAAUUAUCGUCAUGUUGUGCAUAAAUGGCAUUAUCGUAUUACAAAAGCAAUUGUUGCUUGUUUAGAAUCGGGUAAUUAUAUACAAAUACGUAAUGCUCUAAUUGUACUAACACGUAUUCUACCACAAUAUCCAAAAAUUACACAAUUCGGCAGUGCUGUUGAACGACGUGUGAAUAAAUUGAAAGAAGAAGAGAAAGAUCGACGACCCGAUUUAAAAGCUUUAGCAUUCAGUUAUGCUGGUCUAAUGCGUCCACGUAAAGCUAAAUGGGUUAGUGAAGAAGAAUUUCAUUUAAAAGAAACUAAACCAAUUCGUUCAGAGACCAGUGCAAAUUAUUCAAGUAAUCAUCAACAAAGCAUGAAUAGUGUUAGUGGUGGUAACACAAGUGGUAACACUACUACUACUACUACACGUACUAUAUCAAAUACUGAUUAUAAUUCUGUCAAUAUGACCACCAAUAAUUCAUCUACUGGUUAUAGUCAUAAUUCACGUGGACAUACGAGUAGUAGUGCAAAUCAAUUGACUGCUUUGUCAAAUUCAUCUACAAAUGUAAAUAGUACUACUACGACUGGUAGUGGUGGUAUUGUUAAUUCCAAUAGUACUACUAAUACUACUAAUACUAGCGGCGGCAGUAGUAAUGGUGGAGCUAACAACCCUGCAUCUAUUACUAACACUAAUAGUAGUAGUAGUAGUAGUAAUAAUGUAUCUGGUAGUUCUGUGACACAUGAACCAUCACAUAUGUCCGUAUCUGUUCGACGUACAUCAACGACUACUUCAAUACAACAACAACAACAACAGCAGCAACCGAUAUCAAGUCAAACUGGUAAAAUCUCAUCCAAUUCAACUGUCACAUCAAGCGUUCUUGAAACACGAUCACGACCUCAAACAGUUGUAGAAUCUUCAAAAUGUAAUCCUUCUGGUCAGCUGUCAGGAUCUGUGUCACAAUCUACGGGAACAAUUGUAAGCAAUUGUGCUGGUUCAAAUAAUAUGAGCAAUAGUUCACCUUCCCUUCCAGUAGUAGCAGCUGGUCAAAGUAAAUUAAAAUCUAGUCAACGUCUUGAGUCAUCAUUACCUCCACCUUCAGAUGAUGAUGUUGGUGCUACCGCUGUGACUGUAUCAUCAGGACCACAAUCACAUUCAUCAAAACGACGUAGAAUGGAAGCGGCCAGUGGAAAUAUGUCUAGUUCCAAUGGUUGUAUUUUAACUAUGACAACAUCAAAGGCAUCCGUUGGAGUUGACGAACCACGUGAAUCACAUAAAUCUUCCACACGUAAACGUACCACUCCGACAAGUAUGCCAGGCGGUAGUAGUAGUGCACCACCGAUCACUCCAGAAAAUGCUGUACAAAAUUUACGCUAUACAAAUGCUGCCGCUGGUAUCACAACUGUCAAUUUGAAUAGUAUUAAUUCCGGCAGCAGUGGCGGUGGCGGUACUAGUAGUAGUCGUUCAACUACUAGUCCUGGUGAAAAUGUAUAUUCUGUUAAUGCUUCUCUACGUCAUCAACAUCAACAUCAUCACCAUCAUCAUAAUCAAUCUAGACAAUCAAGUCAUCAACGUGCAUCAUCGAGUAAUUCAACUGAAAGUCAAGAACCAAGUUUAGACAAUGAACGAAUUUUAAUCACAUCCAAUUCUGCUGUCGGUUUAGUUAAGAAAGCAAAGAAAGCUCAUCAUCACCAUCAUCAUCAUCAACGUUCAUCAUUGGAUUCAUUGAAUAUUGAAUCAAGCUUAAACAAUAGUAACAAUACUACCAAUAAUAAUAAUCCGAACUCUGUUACAAUCUAUACAACUACAGAAUCCCAAAGUUCAUCUCGACAUUCACGUAGAUAAAUUAAGUAAAAAUAAAUAAAUAACUCAAACAUUCUCUGAUCUUUUAUUGUCAAAUUAGUUUGUUUUUGUUUUUCCUUUAAUUUAUCUACCCAACCUUCCUUUAUUCCGUGUCUCUCUCUCCUCUCUCCACUCUCUCUGUUCAUAUUACAACUUGCAAGUAGAUAUUUGUUUGAAAUAAAGUGAUCACAUAAUUUAUUUUAUUAUGCUCGAUCGCAUUUAAUUCAUUUACACAUAUAUAUAUUCUUCUCCUUCUCCUUCUUCUGCUUCUUCUGUAUUUUUA